ACUGUCAAAGUUAAAUAAAGUCAACUUUCAGUACCUAAGGCCACGGCAAAACAUCGUACUUUAAAUAGGAUUAUUAUUGUUUUUAAAUCGGGACUUGAAUAAUCGGCUCAUUCUCAUUAAAGUUUGUUUUUGUCCACAGAAUGAGUUAGUGACCCCGUAUACUUACUUACUAAAAGAAUGUUAAUUUAAAUGCUAGUUGACACAAAGAGAUUAUGAAUGGUAUAAGCAAUAGCAGUAUAUGUUUGGUGAGAUAAGGAUUAAGGCUGGCAGCGGGCAGCAGGGCAGUGGCGCAGCAUGCAGGGCGAGGUGGUGGUGCGGGUGGCGACGCCGCGGGACCUGGCGGCGCGCGCUGAGCUCGUGCGCGACUGCAUCACUGAAUAUGAUUUUGACGCAUUCCUCAUGUUUUUUUUCCAAGAGUUGACGCUGCAGGUGUGCGUGCUGUGCGGCGCCGUGCUGUUCAUCUUCGCGGGCGCGUCGCUGGCGGCCUGCGCGCUCGUGCUGCCGGCCGCCGCCGCCGCCGCCGCGCUCGCCGCGUGCCUCGCGCACCGCGCCAGCGCCGCCGCGCACCGCCAGCGCAUGCGCGCCGAGCUGCGCGGCUUCGUGGCCGAGUACCGCGGCCCGCUGUGCAGCGCGCCGCCCGGCCCGUGCGCGUGCGGCAGGCGGAGGCGGAGUGCGGCGCGGGCGGCGCGCUGGUGGGGUCGCUGAGCGUGGCGGAGUGCUGGGGCCCGCGGCGCAGCGGCUGGGUGCAGGCGCUGGGCGUGGCGCGCGCGUGGCGGCGGCGCGGCGUGGGCGCGGCGCUGCUGCGGGCGGCGCGGCGCUGGGCGGCGGCGGAGGGGCUGGAGUCGCUGGAGGCGUGCGCGAGUGAGCUGCAGGGCGGCGCGCGCGAGCUGCUGCACGCCGACGGAUGGCAGGUGCGCAGCACGACGCAGCGGCCGGUGCUGGGCGCGGCGCUGACGCUGGGCGUGGCGCAGCUGGGGCUGGAGCUGCCGCACGCGUGACGUCACGCGCCACACCGCAGCUGCCGCAUCGCAGCCGCCGCGAUCCGUCUUUUUUGUAUACACCUAAGCUUGAUAAAUCUCAUUUUUAUAGAAACCUAAGUUUGAUACUAACAAAUUAAUGCUUAUACAUAAUUAUAAUAUUUAAAUUUAA